CUGCAACGGCCGUAGCAAGUAGCACUUGGUGUACGGAUCCAGACAUAUCUCUCAGUCUAAGAUCACCUUCUUUGUCUGCCAUAAAUACGACUUGCCUGGUGCAAUUGACAGAUCGCUGGUACUUCAUGAUAGUUCUCGGGCAAUUAAUUAAGCUUGUGGUUUCCAUCGCGCCGGUUUUGGCAAUUCUUCCCGAGGCCCGGCUAGUGAACAAUGAGCAAGAUACCGACUUCCCAAGCAGACAUUCUCUUCCCAACUUGCUUAAAGUCGACCAGAUUUCUGAUAUAUAUGCAGACUGGGAUGUAAGGGGCUCCAUGAACCUAGAAGCUGGACGAUUAGUGGUAGAGGACGGGAAGGGAUCAGUUUGGUCUCGUCAUCCAUUGGCCAAUUCCAAAAAUGAAUGGACUGUUGAAUUGGUGUUCAGGAAUUCGGAACAGGAAGACGUAGAUGACCAUUCUUUUUUCGAGACCAACGGCUUGUCUUUCUGGCUUCUUGACGGCCUGGUCCCAGAUGAUACAUUGAAUUUUGGCGGUCCGCUGAAAUUUGAUGGAUUACAAUUCUUGAUGAACAACUUGGACUACAGAGGCCUCAAAAUUUUUGCCAAUGACGGCUCUAAAAGCAUCAACAAUGCCGAAACAAACGCGCUUGGUGGGUGUAGAUUCAACUACUUGGACUCUAUGGUGCCUUUCACAAUGCGUGUGUCUUACUCGGCAUCAAGAAAUUGGUUCAAGGUGCAAAUCGACAAUAACUUAUGCUUCAGCACUGAUGCAUUAUCGUUUGGCAAAAUUGGUUCUGAUCUUCGCUUGGGUGUUUCUGCGUCCACCAACCCUGUUUCAAGAGAGUAUUGGGAGGUGUUGAAAAUGGAUAUCUACGACAGACUAUCCGAAGAUGCCAUUGACGACCACGGCGUUGCAGAUGGCCCCGCACCCAAGAUUGUGACCAAAACACAAAUGUCAUCAUCCCAACGCACAAGUAAACCGUUGCAAAAAGCGCCAUCUCUAAUGGAGAAAAUGAUGUCAAAUAGAGGACAGACAGCUCCUCCUGUACAGAAUCUCGAUAAGUUGGAAGGUUCGUUGUCUGAAAUAACCUCCAAGUUGAUGACGAUAGAACACACAGUCAAUUCCUUCGAUUUCACCAAGAUCAAUGAUUUAUCUGUGGCCAUUGAAGGGAUAAAGCAGAUCCAAAGUCAGCAGCUGUCGGUGCUUGGGGAAUUGAUGACAACUCACAAACACUUCGAAUCCUUGUUGACUUCUCACUAUAGGGAGAUGACCAAGGCCGUACGUGUGCUCAAUCAGGGAAUCAUUGAAGAAGUCAGGAAACACCGGUUGGAGGUGCAAGAUGUUUCUGGCAAGGUUGACCUUUUGAUGGACAAUCACCGAGAGAUUAAGGGACAAUAUCAGAACCUUGACACCAGGUCUGCUGACUUUGAAUACCUCGGCACUAUUAUAAGGUGGGUCUUGAUACCGUUGAUUAUAGGAAUUGUUGCGAUCAUUGUUGUUGUCUACAGGCUCAAGAAGGACAUCAAGCAUUCCAAGUGGCUUUAGACGCUCCAGAGUAAUACGCCAGGCGCAAUUUUAUAAUUUUACAUACAAAAGUUUAUAUCUGAAAAGUCUUCACGGACAAAUCCUAGAUGUGGGAGCUGUAAUUCCCGCUCGAUAGACUUGCUAUGCUUGGAACAGGUUGGUGUGAAGAAUCGAAAAUCUUCACGUUUGGAAUAGCAUCCUCGCUAAUAGUGAAUCUCAAUCUCGUUCCAGAAGCCGACUCCAGGGCGAGACCGGUGGUCAUGAUCCUAGCAAUUAACUUAAUCUCGGGGGAAGACGCGUCAAGUUGCAAAGGCUCUACAUACCUCCACGUGAUUCUAUUCAAGUCCUUGUUGAACGAUCCUUCUGGUUUCGACAAAGCAGAGAUGGACAGAACGGAGUUAUCCAAGGCCGCGGAGAUCGUAAAAUUUUCAAGCUUGAUUCGUUUGCUGU